AGCCCACCUAUUUAAAAAAAAAUGUUAUGUGAAACACACCUAUGCUUAAUAAAUUUAUAUAAUUUACAAGUUGCAAAUAAUUACAAAAUAUGUGACUAAAUGAAUGCAACAAUAAAAGUGCUACAAAUAUUUUGUUCUAUGUGUGUGAGAAUAAAACAUGAGUCUCCUUUUUACUAGUAAAGAAGGUUGGAUUAUAUCUCAUUUGCAGUAUCUUAAUGAUAUUUACAAAAAAGUUUUUAAUGACAAUGCAUUUUGUUCUCUGAAAUUUAAUAAAAUGAUAUUCGAAAUUAAUUCACAAUAUUUGAGGCAAAAUCAAAUAGCUCAGACUUCUCAAGAUAAUGCUGCUUUGUUACAUGGUAAAAGUAAAAGAAGAAAACGUUCAAAUACAUUGCCACAAAAGGAUUUGGAAGAAGUUCACCAUAUUAAAGAAACAUUUAAUAUAAUAAUAUCUGCUGCAAGAAUAGAAGGACUCUUUUGUGGAAAUAUUUCUUCAGAUAACAAUGAAGUAGCACGUUUAGCUUCUAAGAAAUUUUAUAUGGAUACUUAUUGCCAUAAAGAUGAGAACUUGUAUGGCUCCAAUGAUACAGAUGAUGCUAUUAUAUCUGAGGCUCACAAUAAAAAAUAUGUAUUUCCAAAAAAAUGCACAUUUUAUUGCUACGAUGUAGGAGACAUCGAAAAGAAAAUGGAGUUGAAUAAACAGUUUGACUUCAUACUUUUAGAUCCACCUUGGUGGAACAAGUCGAUCAGAAGGAAAAAGAUGAAAUAUGCUGAAGCUAGCUAUAAAAUGAUGUACAAUGAGGAAUUAGCCAAAAUACCAGUAGGUAAACUGUUACAUUCUACUGGUAUUGUGGCUGUAUGGUGUACUAAUGCACCUAGUCAUUUGAAUAGUAUUUCCAAUGAGAUGUUUCCAUCUUGGGGUGUUACUUACAGAGCUAAGUGGUACUGGAUCAAAGUAACACAGACAGGAGAUACAAUAUGCAAUUUUAACUUGGCACCUGGAAAGCAACCUUAUGAAUUAUUAAUAUUAGGUUCUGCAUUGAAAGAAGACAAAAUUAAUAUUCCUGACGGCAAAUUGGUGAUUAGCGUACCCAGUGCAGUCCACUCUCACAAACCACCUGUGACAGAAAUUAUAAAGGAGUACCUUCCGAAUGAACCAAAAUGUCUAGAAAUUUUUGCAAGAUAUUUGCUACCUGGAUGGACGAGUUGGGGUUUGGAAAUUUUGAAGUUUCAGCAUUUGUCACUGUAUCAAAUUUUCGACGAAAGUAAGAAAGUUGAAAACAAUACUGACAAUAUAAAAGGCGAGACUGAGAGCAGAAAUUAAAUGUAAAGUGUAAAAACAAGCUGACAUAGAUCAUAAACACAUACACCCUUGCCAGUACCUAAGUUGUAAAUUUUUAGCCUGAGAUGCUCUUUGUGCAAAGCGUUCAGCGCCGCCACGUGACCCGAUGCUAAAUCCAUAACGUGAAUGUAAUCACGGAUACCUACGGGAAGGACGAAAUAAAAUUAUUAUAUUACGCACGCAAUUAAAUUACACUUUUAUGCUCACUCGAUACCGAAUACGAUAUAAACCUGUGCCAUCUUUCGUAGGAUAGUCUCCGCCGAAUAUAAUCAGUUCCGGCUUGUGCCUUAAGGCGACUUGAGCGAUAUACGGCAUCAGAUUGGUAAAUGGCUUCGUCGGAUCUUCCCCGAUUAAUCCGCUACUAUGCGCUCCUACCGGGUUGAAAUAUCUUAGAGAUAUAAUGUUCCAACUCUGUGUAAAAAACAAAAGGAGUUUUUAAUAAAAAAGGAAAGUAUAAGUAA